AUUGGGGACCUUGAGUCACAGUGGCCUGGGGGCAGACCCAGGCUCAGCUGCAGAGGCUGCUGGCAACUGUGGAGGUGUUCACGGAGGCCCCUUCGGGCGUUUGAUCCUGUCGUCUGUCUCUACUCUGCCUUGGCUCAGCCCUGACCAGGGGACACUGGGGAGCCUCAGAGGGCUCCCGCCCGCCUUGGCUGUAUUGACCGCAGGCCGACCUGCCGGCUCACUUUCAGGAGGAUCAAGCACCACCGGCUUCUUCUCUGUGGCAAGCCCAGAGCUGAAGCGUUGCAGCAUGGCGCGCGGCUGCCUCCAGGGCGUCAAGUUCCUCAUGUUCGCCUUCAACCUGCUCUUCUGGCUGGGGGGCUGCGGCAUCCUCGGGGUUGGCAUCUGGCUGGCUGCCACGCAGGGGAACUUUGCUACCCUGUCCUCCUCCUUCCCGUCCCUGUCGGCUGCCAACCUGCUCAUCGUGACCGGCACCUUCGUCAUGGCCAUCGGCUUCGUGGGCUGCAUCGGGGCCAUCAAGGAGAACAAGUGCCUGCUGCUCACCUUCUUUGUGCUGCUGCUGCUGGUGUUCCUGCUGGAGGCCACCAUCACCAUCCUCUUCUUCGCCUACACUGACAAGAUCGACAGGUACGCCCAGCGAGACCUCAAGAAGGGUCUGCACCUGUACGGCACCCCGGGCAACGUGGGCCUCACCAAUGCCUGGGGCAUCAUCCAGACCGAUUUCCGCUGCUGCGGGGUCUCCAACUACACCGACUGGUUCGAGGUCUACAAUGCCACCCGUGUGCCCGACUCCUGCUGCCUGGAGUUCAGUGACAGCUGUGGACUCCACGCACCUGGCACCUGGUGGAAGGCGCCGUGUUACGAGACCGUGAAGAUGUGGCUCCAGGAGAACCUCCUGGCCGUGGGUAUCUUCGGGCUGUGCACGGCACUGGUACAGAUCCUGGGUCUGACCUUCGCCAUGACCAUGUACUGCCAGGUGGUGAAGGCUGAUACCUACUGUGCGUAGGCUCCGCUCCUGCCACCCCCGCCCCCCACCUCGCUGCCGAAGGAUGUAGCCCACCUGCCUCUCCCUGCCGCAGGACUCAGCACCAUCCUGGGCACAGGGAAGGGGACCCUCAGCUAGCCCCGUGAGCACCGCGCUGCAGCAGGGCAGCAGGCGCGGGGCUGGGGGUGGGAGGGGCUUCUGGCGCUUCUCGGAUCCGUGUGUCCUGCAGAGCAGUGUU